GAGCGCCUGCUUUUAUGGCACGGUACUAGGCUCUCUUCGCUGCAUGGCAUCCUGGAUGUGGGCCUGCAGAUCCGACGCCGUGGCGUCUUGUACACUGGCACCAUGUUUGGUGAGGGUAUAUACCUAGCGGAUUCAUCGAGCAAGUCAGCAGGGUACUGUCGAACCCGAGGUAGCACUGGAGAUGGUGAUGCGGUUCUGCUUCUAUGCGAG